GCUUCUGCAAUGGCAUCGCACAGUGUGAUCGUGACCACCCAGGCCACGCCCAGCACCCAGGACCCCAAUCCCCAGCCCCAGCCUCCUGUCACCCAAACGCCCAGCCAGCCUGGCACCCUGACGUCGCCCAGAUCCAUCAACUGCUCAGUGCCUACCGCCACAGAGUUCCUCCGCCACCAGGCCCCGCCCCCUGCCUUCAGGCCUGCCCCGGACUUCACCCCAUCAUUCUUCACCAAUGGCCAUGGGACAGCUUUGUUCCGACCCGGUUUCCCAAGCUACCCAGCUCACCACCACCCGUCUGUGUUGCCUCAUGCUCCGAUCACGGCCAGCACCACUACAAAUGGAGAGUUUGGGCCCACAGAUCUUAGUAUGAAGAAGUCGACAAACAAAGGCCAGCUGAGCUCCUCGGAGGUCACCGCCAUCAAGCAGCUCAUCGCCGGCUAUCGUGAGUCGGCUGCCUUCCUCUACAGGUCAGCAGACGAGCUGGAGCAGCUACUGCUGCAGCAGAACUGAGCAACUAGCAGCAGCAUAGAGCAGCAACAAUUCUGAACAAUCCCUGCGCUGUCAUCCUUCAAGUCCCUGCAACAGAGGAAAGUGAAAGGAGUCAAGUUUUGUUUCAAGAGAUCUUUCUACAAGCAUGUAGAUUCAUUUUCUCUUCCCUACGAAGAGAAGAGAGCUUUUAUCAACCACCUUGAUGACUGGAUUGUUUUAGCGAGAUUUUGCUAUGUGUAAAAGAAUGGAGAAAAAUGUGGUUCCUAGUUUUCACAUCCUUCCGUAAUGUAGAUUUAUGGGCUUGGAUUUUAUUAUCAGUACUCAGCUCUUGCCACUUAAAUUCUUACAUGAUAAGAACAAAAUUAUUUUGUUGAAACUGGUUGUUUUUCCCCAAUUUUAGAAAUAUUCCCUCAUCAUGCAUCAAGAUAUCUUUUUGAAAUAUAGCUCACUUUUAAGCCUUUUCAGGGCAAGUGUAGUUUCAAUGGCCUUAAUGAAAUGAUGUAUAGUCCUCUCAGCACCUUUGGGAAUAAUUCAUUGCUAAUUUAUUUUUAAAUGAGUUUUAACUCUGCAAGUCUUUAUAGAACUCAAAGUAACUUCCUUACAACUGCAUCGAUGUUGCAGUGCAAUGACAAGGCCAACAUUAGUUGUAGUUGCAGCAAAGCUCAUUGUCAAUGAGGUGGAUGAAAAUAUGGAAUCGACUGACAGAAUGCUAUCUGGUUCAAGAGAUUUAUGUCACUGGGGAAUAUUAUGUGAGAAAAACCAAUGCUCUGAGAUUGUGCAUUGCUAAUCAAUCCAUGAAAGGAGAGGUGAGCACUGAAAUGUGGGAAAGACUGUGAUGGCCAACACGUGUUUUGUAUCUAGUUUGUGAAAAGAGAAGAUAUGAUUUUGAUAUCUCCAAGAACAGGAGAAAUUUCAGUCAUUUUACCUAUAUAUUUUGAGGUGCAAUCACUAGUUCAGUCAAGCUUAGUCUCUUCCUAUUGUGUGAGUAAGAGAGUCUGGUUACAUUGGUGCGAACAGCAAAACAGAACGGAGUGACAGUGUCCUGUCUAUUUUUAACACAUGGUUCAGUCAUUCAUUAUACUUGAUCUAAUCUUUUUUGUGUAAAAUAAAAGAGUGUAAUCCAGAUUGAUAAUCUGAAACCACAACUUGCCUUUGUGAGCUUUAUCAUUCUUUGUACAUGUAUUUUGUCAUAUUUGACAAAAUAUCAAUGUAAUUAUGGCUUGUAUUGAAUGAAAAGAGCCAUGUUUCAUCUAUACCGUUGUGAAAUUACUAUGAUCUUUUGAAGUAAAAAUACUUUGCUUGCAGCUGUGGUGAAGCAGUUCAUGUUUCCACAGAUUUUUUCACCUUUUAUUAAAGCCUCUCAAUGACAGACUGUAUGUUUUAAUAUGAUCUUGUUACUGUUAAGUCUUAAAAAUAGUCUUGUGUAUUGUCUUGUCAAUAUUUUGUCUGUCUGUCUUACAGGAAAUGAAAGACAGCUUGUGCUAUUUCUUGUGCUUUCCCCCCCCCCCCCCCCUCUUGUUACGACAUCUUCAUUGUAGUGAGAUAAUAUCUGUGUUUGGAGUUCAGAAUACAUUUUUAGGCAGUUGAGUCGCUGGCUUUGAAACUUGAAACUGUACAUAAAGGAUUUGCUUGGUAUUUCUUUGUGUAUUUUAGAAUGCCUGAGCGUGUUUGGAUGGUAAAAGAUUAAAUGAUGGAUAAAAAGAUAUGUUAGUGGUAUUUGUUGCAAAUGCGUGUAUAUGCACUUUACAUCAUGUAUGUAUACAUAUUUGUGAUCGAUUAUGUGGAUGAAUCCAAAGAGGUUUUUGAGUGGAAAAAUGGAUGCCCUCUUAGCUGCCAUGGCAAAGCUGAUCACAAAUGGCAUUUUUUUCUAUGUUUUCAUGACAUAUUUUGUUGAGACUAUAAAAGUGAACCUCAGAUCACCCUUAUUAGUAUCUCUAGAUUGCAGAUUCUCUGAGAAUACUGUAAAAAAGAAUAACGUAACACUUUGCAGUCACACAGCCAGCAGCACAAAAUACUCCAUCCGGUCACUGAACCAGGAGAGUGACUGCAACAGAAUUCUCGAGUCUGGCGCAGAACUACGCUAGGUGGCCAGAAUGCAUAAUUUUCACCAGGGCAUUGCUGCGCCAAGUGACCGCAAAGUGUUUAAGAUCAGCUUUAAUUGCAACAUUCUUAAACAUAAAGAUUGUUCUUUUAAGACUGUAUUCUCUCUUGUCAUCUUACUUCUUUACCUUUCAUAAUCCUGUAUGUGUUUCUUUUGAUGUUCAUAGAAAUUUGGCAAUUCUAACCUUUUUUAAAUCUGUAAAUGUGAUUUUCAAGAAUAGUUGCAGUUUGCUCAAGUAAAAUGAUUAUAAGUAUUCAUAUUUUCCAAAUUAGAUCAUAUGUCAGUCAUUGAUUUUAUCAAAAAUUUAUCUCACAUUCCUGUUACCUUGAGAGUUUGUUUACAAAAACUUUUGUGUUUCAAGAGUAAGCACAGUAAAUCUUGAAAUAUUUUUCAACAUUACUAAUAUUCACAAAUCUCUAAUUUAGUUUGUUCUAGUCAUUUAGAUAACUGACAACGUAUCAUGUUUAAAUUGUCAUGUUAAUUUUUUUCUGUUCCAAGCUCAGAUAUGAAAAUUAAAACUGAAACAUUUGUAGCUAUGUGCUAAUAGAUAUAUAUGUUUCCAAAUUUGUAGUGCCUUCAUUCGCAAAGGGGAGGAGAGAAUAUGAAAAAUGCAUAAUACUAAUAACUGGAUUUACAUGAUUUCAAAUUUUAAUGUAGCUGCUCCAUGAAGUAAGAUUGAAUGAUAUUUUAGAAAUAGUAUUAGUAUUGUAUUUGGUUGUAUGAGUUUCUAUACUGAACAGCAGUAUGGUUAUGGUAGCGAAGUGAAAAGAUGAAAGUGACAGUGUGAAUGUUUGUGUUAAACGACAAGGAUAAAUGCGUUUGUAGCUCUUUUAAACUGGAGACUCUAAAUUUAUUUGUAGAGAAUAAAGAUGGCUUUCAACUUAAAGCUUUCAGUGUGUUUAUGACUGAUAGUGUUUUAGGGUUGGGCAUCCUGUGUGCAAGUCUUAUAAACAAUUUUACUCCCUAGUUUUGUGUUUUUGUAAUCUAGAAAAACUCUGGUAAAAGGCUUGUAUGUUAUAUAUAUUUAAAUGACAGUCUGAACUCGAUGAAUGUAUGUUUGUUGCAUACGAUGCUUUCAAAUAUUGAUUGUUUAAUAUUUUCUCUUGCCUUUUGGUGUACUGGGUUGUGCAAUGAGACAUGCCUUUCUCUCUUGUUAUUUUUGUCAUACUUGUUAUUAAUUUCAUCAUAUUAGACAUUGCCAUCAGGGUGUGCAAUCUUACUCUCUGUGUUAGUCAACAUGAUAUUGGCUCAAACUGAGGUAGAAACACAAGAAGCACUAUAAGAAAUUUCUUGUCUAAAUAAGAUUGCAGAUUCUUUCAUUUUUCUUUCAUUUUUUCUCAUCAAUAGGACUAAUUUAACUUAACUUCCUUUAACUGUAAAAAGUGGUAGCUUCUGUACCAUGACUUAAACUAAAGACAAAGACAUAAACUCUCUUCCGCAAAACUUCAAUUAGAUCCUUACUAAAAGAAAAGGUAGACAUGAGGGAGCAACAAAAUGCAUAUGUGUACUAAAUAAAGAUGAUAUAACAUGUUAUCAUUAAUGAGUUUAUGUUAUAUAUAUUAAUAUAUCCAUGUAUGUUUGAAAUACUUUUGUCUAACAUCCAAACAAUCAGCUUGUUGAAAUUCUUUUAACUUGAUAAGCUAGAUUAUGCCUGCCAGCAUAAGUUAAUUGUAUGCUCUCUCAUCAUGUAAUAUAUAUUUAACUGUAAGCACAGAUUAUUUUCCCUUUGGUUUUGUACAGCAUCUGUGAAGUGCCCAAAGCUGUAUGCUAUUCAGGUAUUUAAUUUUAUAUUGCUCUGUUUAAUGAUGGGCAUAAAGUAUGCACAUUAUGUAAAAAUGUAAAUCAAAGAAUUUAAUCUGAGAGCUUUUGUAGCUUUUAUGUUUCUUUUCUAUCCAUUCUAGCUCUCUCACCAACUUUUCCUUCUCCCUUUUUUUACUGUAACUCAACAGCCCAGCUUUCCUCUUACUGUAAAAGUCAGCAAUGCAGGUGCAAUAUUUAAUGUUCUCUUUUCAGUUAUGUUGUAAUACCUGAAAAUGUGUGAUGAAAGUGACAGAUGCCAAAUGACCCAACUCACUUUUUAAACAUUCCUGACCAAGUGAUGUAUGUUGUAUUUGAACAUUUCACCUUGACAUAAUCCUGAGAUUUAUAAUAUUCACAUUUUAUUCUGAAAUGAAGUUUGAUCCUGAGAAAUCUGUGGCUUUAUGUAAGUUGUUGCACAAAUUGAGGCAUAAUGUAAGCAUAUAGUCUGCCCCUGAUGUUUAUGUUCAUCUUAACAGUUACAAGAAAAGAACUGUGAGAUCCCCCUUGUAAAUCAUAAUUGUUAGAAAAUUUACAAUUGAAAAAAAAA